GGUUCAAAAUGUAAUUUUCAAAAAUGAAGAAUACUACUACUACAUUUAUAUUGGUCCGAAAACUGAUUUUCUAUUUGCUGGUGUGUAUCCUUCCAAACCCAAACCGCCUUUUCCUUUUUGAGUUCUUGCAUGUUGCAACAUCCACCAGCAUUAAAGAAUGCCCUAAAAACAGCCUUGAAAAUCAAUUUUCAUUGUUUUUAAACUUCACUCAUCUCUGUUCUCCGGAAAAGGCAACUGGUUUUCUUCUUCUCAGACAUAAAGAAUCCAUCACCCCUUUCGAGCAAGAUGGGUGUUCACCCUGGGCUAAAGCUUCCACCAGCUUUGCCCUUUCUGGGAAUUUUUUCUUUACUUUUUCUACAUGCAGUGUCUCAAGCCGGUAGUGAUGGUGACGCUUCUGUCAUGCUGGCUCUCAAAAAGAGCCUCAACCCACCACAAGAAAUGGGCUGGUCCGACCCGGAUCCCUGCAAGUGGAACCACGUGGGUUGCUCUGGCGAGAAGCGGGUCACCCGCAUCCAAAUCGGGCACCAGAACCUCCAAGGUACUCUCCCGCCGGAGCUCUCCAAGCUCACCCAGCUUGACCGCCUAGAGGUCCAGUGGAACAACAUUUCCGGGCCGCUGCCCAGCUUGAAUGGGUUGAGCUCGUUGCGAGUGCUAAUGCUGAGUAACAAUCACUUCACUUCAAUUUCUGAUGAUUUCUUUUCUGGCCUCUCGUCCCUGCAAUCUGUUGAGAUUGAUAACAACCCUUUUGCUUCGUGGCAGCUUCCUGAGAGCCUUCGAAACGCUUCCACCCUGCAAAAUUUCUCCGCGAAUUCCGCGAAUUUAGCAGGGAAAAUUCCAGGGUUUCUUGACCCGGAUGGUUUUCCCGGGUUGACAAACUUGCAUUUGGCUCUUAAUAACCUAGAAGGUGAAUUGCCUUCGGGCUUCUCAGGAAUGUCGAUUCAGUCUUUGUGGUUAAAUGGGCAGAAGCUUAACGGGUCGAUUGACGUUUUACAGAACAUGACAUUGUUGAAAGAGGUAUGGUUGCAUUCCAAUGCAUUUUCUGGCCCUUUGCCUGAUUUUUCAGGUUUGAAGGACUUGCAAGUUUUGAGCCUUAGAGACAAUUCCUUUACAGGCCCUGUUCCUUCAUCCUUGUUGAACCUUGAGUCCUUGAAGGCUGUUAAUUUAACUAAUAAUUUACUUCAAGGCCCCACUCCAAAGUUCAAAGACUCUGUUUCGGUUGACUUAGCUAAAAAUACUAAUAGCUUUUGUUUGCCACAGCCCGGUGAUUGUGACUCUAGAGUAAAUACAUUAGUCUUGAUAGCUAAAGCCGUUGACUUUCCAAGAAAAUUUGCUGAGAAUUGGAAGGGGAAUGACCCCUGCGCGGAUUGGUUUGGGAUAACUUGCGAGAAUGGGAAUAUCACUAUUAUUAACUUUCAGAACAUGGGACUUAGCGGUACAAUUUCACCAGAAUUCGCUUCGCUUAACUCACUGCAAAGGCUAAUCCUUGCUGACAAUAAUUUUACUGGUAUUAUUCCUUCAGAGCUCACUCGAAUUGCCACCCUUACUAACUUGGAUCUAUCAAACAACCACCUCUAUGGGAAAGUUCCAUCUUUUAAGAAUAAUGUGAUCGUUAAGACCAAUGGAAACCCUGACAUUGGUAAGGCUCAGAGUGACUCACAUUCCCCAGGCUCAAAUCCCCCGAAUCCCUCAAAUUCUGGUUCUGAUGAUGGGGAACAUCUCCAAACAUAUCGCAAGAAAUCAAAGAAUUGGGUUGUGAUUUUGGUUUCUGUGGUAGGCAGUGUCGUUGUUCUUGGUUUGUUGGGGAUGUUGGUUUUCUGUAUGUGCAAAAAUGAGCAAACGCGUUCUAGCAGAGUGCAAAGUCCUCCUAUUCCCAUGGUCAUUCAUCCUCGCGGUUCUGGAGGUUCUGAUAGUGUGAAGAUUACAGUUGAAGGAUCGAGUGCUAGUGUUGGCUCUGUUAGUGAGAUGCAUACGGUUUCCAAUAACCAAACCACAGAGUUUCAAAUGGGGGGUGAAGCUAGGAACUUAGUCAUAUCGAUUCAGGUCCUAAAGAGUGUCACAAACAACUUUAGUGAAGAUAGCAUAUUAGGCCGAGGGGGUUUCGGGACGGUCUAUAAGGGAGAGCUACACGACGGGACAAAGAUUGCUGUGAAAAGAAUGGAGUGUGGGGUUAUUGCCGGUAAGGGGCUGGCAGAGUUCAAAUCAGAGAUUUCUGUCUUGACAAAGGUUAGGCAUCGCCACUUGGUUGCCCUACUAGGGUAUUGCCUUGAAGAGAACGAGAAGCUUCUUGUCUAUGAGUACAUGCCCCAAGGGACUUUAAGCAGACACCUUUUCAAUUGGGCGGAGGAGGAGGAAGGGCUUAAGCCGCUGGACUGGACGAAAAGGUUGACAAUCGCGUUAGAUGUUGCUAGGGGGGUGGAGUAUCUGCAUACAUUAGCACACCAGAGUUUCAUUCACAGGGACCUGAAGCCGUCUAACAUUCUGCUUGGGGAUGAUAUGAGGGCUAAGGUGUCAGAUUUUGGUCUUGUUAGGCUUGCUCCUGAAGGGAAAGACUCCAUCCAGACCAAGAUUGCCGGAACUUUUGGAUAUCUGGCCCCAGAGUAUGCAGUGACAGGAAGAGUGACAACAAAGGUUGAUGUAUAUAGUUUUGGAGUGAUCUUGAU